ACCCGAGAAUUAUGGAGACCUGGAGGCAUUAUUAUGACUUCGUCUGUAAAUUCUCGUCGCUCACCGGUACGUGGCCGUAUCUGAAACCGAGAACAAGGAAACUUCGCGUUGCUCUGCUAACUGUAACCACGCUAACUGUAUUCGUUCCGCAGAUAGCGUAUCAAUUUACGUGCAAGACAGACGUGCGAUGUAUGUUCGAGGCGAUGACGUCGUACCUGCUGACAAUUGUGGCUUUGCUGAAGGUGUACACGUUUCAAUUGAAUACUCGCACGCUCAAAGACCUUACCCAACACUUGUUCGUCGACUGGAAGGGAUUAGAAAGUCCCAAAGAAUACGAGAUUAUGAGGUCGUACGCAAAGAACAGCAGACGAUUCUGUUUGGUGUAUGCGGCAUAUUGCUUAGCAGCGGUAGUCACGUUUAUGUCAAUAUCCCUUAUACCAUUCGUACUCGAUAUCGUGUGGCCCCUUAAUGAAUCCCGUCCCAUAGUACCUCCAUAUCCGGGGUACUAUUUCGUGGACACUCGGGAAUAUUUUUUUAAAAUCUUCUGGCACUCCGUCGUCGCUUGGGAAAUCAUUAUGGCCGGAAUAGUCGCUCACGAUUGUAUGCUUUUGACUUACAUCGAGCACGUUUGCAGCUUGUUCGCUACGGUCGGAUUUCGUUUCGAAAAUCUUUUUUGUAAUUCCGACGAAACACUGAAGAUUGCAGACGAUUCUAAUGACACUUAUCGCAAAAGAACCGCGUUCUUCGUACACGCACACCGGGAGGCUAUAAAGUUAGCGGAACUUCUCGAGGAUACCUUCACCGUACCUUUCGCCAUACAAAUGUUGAUAGUGACUGUAGGAAUAAGUAUUACCUUGCUGCAAGUCACGCAGCAGCAGGGCGAUAUUUUAGAAUCGGUUAGAUACGUGGUGUACGUCAUUGGUCAGCUGAUCCAUUUAUUCAUUCUCAGCUUCGAAGGGCAAAAGCUAAUAGAUCACAGCCUUCAGACGUGCGAUAAGAUAUACGGUAGCUCCUGGUACGAGGUAUCCGCGAGCACGCAGAAGCUAAUAAUGCUGGUGAUGAUGAAGAGUGUACGACCGAGCUUCUUGAGCGCCGGCAAGAUCUACAUCUUCUCCCUGGAGAGCUUCACCACGGUUCUGCAAACUUCGAUGUCGUACUUUACGGUGUUCGCAUCCGUUCAGUAGCCCGUGUGUCGUUUGCGCACCCGACGACAUUACGUGGCGGUGGUCACUCGUCGCAAGAGCAAUACCAUGUGUCUUUAAUUCUCCUAUUACAAUAUUAUACACUUCUAA